CUCUCGCAUUCACAGGAGGAGGCGCGUGUUUCGCCUCUCGCGUUACUGCAUGUUACUGCUUUGGUUAGUUGUCUCAAUGCGCUUUUCUCUUUCUAUGCCACUUGUUAUUAACUUAUCGAAAAGCGUGAGGAGUGUCGGGGCGGAAAGCUGGAAGGAUUUCUCCAAAGCAUUCGGAAGCACGUGACAGCUCACGUAGCGCGCAGACGACAUAGCGGAACAAAACUUUUCACAUUUCAGGCUUACUUUGUCGCCAUGAUAAAGGCACGGUUGCGCUCAGCACGGUGUUUGAAGGGAGAUGUCGACGCAAAGAAUUCUCCACACUCGAACAAAUGUGCUGCACAUGCCAAGCCCAGUUCUGCCAAUGCCAGGCGGACUGAACCACAGACUGGAACUCGAGUCGCGGCCAAGAGAAAACCCAGCCUGAAGCGAACGGAAGCUGAGGUUCUUGCUGAAGGACACUUGCCUGUUACUACGGUGACACCAGCAGCUGCCGCCUUUGACGCGCAGCAGGAACCCACAUCUUCAAGGACGUCUAAAAGAAGAGCUGGUUCAGCACCGCUUAAAAUUGAAUAUUCGCAUGGUCCACGUCAUGAAAUGGACAAAACAUCCCCUUACUUUCCUUGGGUGCCUGAAAAUUGGAAGGAGGUCUUGGGAAAUGUGCGCAAAAUGCGCCAGGAAAUUGAAGCUCCUGUCGACACCAUGGGCUGUGACAAGUGUGCCGACCAGUCAGUUCCACAAAAGCUUGUUCGUUACCAGCUUUUGGUUUCACUGAUGUUGUCGAGCCAGACAAAAGAUGAAGUGACACAUGCAGCGGUGGGACGCCUCCGUGAGUUUGCCCUGACUCCAGAAAGUGUGGCAGCAGCUGACGAAAAGCAGAUUGAACAACUCAUCUACCCUGUUAGCUUUUACAAGAAUAAAGCCAAGCAUCUGAAGCAGACAGCUAAGGUACUACUGGAGAAGUACGACGGAGACAUUCCGGACAGUGUGGAAGGCCUGUGCAGUCUGCCAGGAGUUGGGCCCAAGAUGGCCUACCUGGCCAUGAGCUGUGGCUGGGGCCACACUGUGGGCAUUGGUGUCGACACGCAUGUGCACCGCAUUUCCAAUAGACUUGGCUGGCUGCCUACACCCACCAAGACACCAGAAGAGACACGCAAAGCACUGGAGGCAUGGCUGCCCAGAGAGCUGUGGGAUGAAGUAAACCACCUGCUGGUUGGGUUUGGCCAGACGGUGUGCAAGCCAGUGGGUCCCAAGUGUUUGACCUGUCUAAACGUGGAGCUGUGCCCUUUCGGCAAGAAGCAAGGCAAGGGCUCCAGAAAGUGAGCAUGUGGUUGGCUCUCACCCAGGGCUGCUGCUGGUAACAGAAGGCACGAGUACAAACGUUGAAAAGCUAUGUUAUGUUGUUCAAUUCUUCUUUUAUAAAGCAUUUUUAUUGAAAAAAAAAAUUUUUGCACCGUU